AUGCUGCGGUUCAUCCUACUGGCUUGUGCCGUGGUAGCAGCGGUAGCAUAUAAAAACCCCCACUAUGCAUCUGGUAGAACGACAAUGGUUCACCUAUUUGAAUGGAAGUGGGAUGACAUCGCAGCUGAAUGCGAGAGAUUCUUAGGUCCACGAGGUUUUGGUGGUGUUCAGAUCUCACCACCAAAUGAAAACUUGAUUAUUUGGUCCCAUAAUCGUCCAUGGUGGGAGCGAUACCAACCUAUCUCAUAUCGUCUUGUAACACGCUCUGGAAACGAGCAACAAUUCGCUAAUAUGGUCCGAAGAUGUAAUAAUGCUGGUGUCAGAAUCUACGUGGAUGCCAUCAUUAACCACAUGACAGGUACAUGGGGCGAAAACGUCGGUACAGGUGGGAGUGAAGCCUUCUUUAACAGAUGGUCGUAUCCAUCUGUGCCCUACGGUAGAAACGACUUUAAUUCACCGCAUUGUGUUAUCCAGGGGAAUGAUUACACUUGCUGUGCGGACAGGGUCCGUAACUGCGAAUUAUCUGGUCUAAAGGAUUUGAAUCAGGGCUCUGAGUACGUUCGAGGAAAAAUUGUAGAAUACAUGAACAGACUCAUUGAUAUGGGAGUUGCUGGUUUCAGAAUUGACGCUGCCAAACAUAUGUGGCCACAUGACCUCAGAGUAAUGUACAGCAGACUUCACAAUUUGAACCCAAGCCAUGGCUUUCCAAAUGGCGCUCGACCAUACAUUUUCCAAGAGGUCAUUGACCUCGGUGGGGAGGCUAUCAGCAGAAAUGAGUACACAGCGCUAGCCGCGGUUACUGAAUUCAGAUUUGGAUUGGAACUUAGCAGAGCUUUUUCGCGUGGAAACCAGCUUAGCUGGUUAGCAAACUGGGGUGAAAACUGGGGUCUCCUAAGUUCAAAUGACGCUCUGGCCUUCAUCGAUAAUCACGACAACCAAAGAGGUCACGGUGCUGGUGGUCAAAUCUUGACAUACAAGCAGGCGAAACAGUACAAGGGCGCUAUUGCCUUUAUGUUAGCUCAUCCUUAUGGAAAAUCUCAACUGAUGAGUAGCUUCAGCUUCCAUAAUACAGAGGCUGGACCUCCAAUGGACUCGAGGGGAAAUAUCAUCUCGCCGUCUAUUAAUUCGGACAACAGUUGCGGUAAUGGGUGGGUAUGCGAACACCGUUGGCGUCAAAUCUACCAAAUGGUAGCGUUUAGGAACGUCGCUGGGAACACCGCUCUUAAUGACUGGUGGGACAAUGGUAGCAACCAGAUUGCCUUCUGUCGAGGCGGUCAGGGCUUUGUGGCUUUCAACAAUGAUCACUGGGAUCUCAACGCUGACUUACAGACCUGCCUUCCUGCUGGUAGAUAUUGCGAUGUUAUAUCUGGUGUAAAAAGCAAUAACGGCUGUACUGGAAAAACUAUAACUGUGGGCAAUAAUGGCCGAGCCCGGAUCUCAUUACGAGCUAAUGACUAUGACAUGGUGCUCGCCAUACAUAGAGGAACCGAGGUAUGA